AUGUCGUCAAGAGUUAAAGAGGCUCCACAAAUGGAGGUGGAGAAUAAAGACAGCCCAGCCGGGCCACUCUCUAUACUAGAAGAGUGCGUUAGAGAGAAUUCCAAAGUCCUGGUCGACCUCCGCAAUAAUCGCAAAAUCCUAGGAAGGGAAACUCGUCUGGAAAAGAAUGUAAUUUUAGAGCGUGGGUUUACAAGUAGCCUUGUUGAUUAUGGCUACAUCACUUACACAGGUUCACUCAAAUAUGGAGAACAACUCAUCCAAACUGAUGAGAGGGAAAAUCCCAUAGAGGCUACUAUUUAUUACCACGCAAAAUAUGAGAAAGAUCAGGAAAGAAUUGAGAAACCUCUUUUCCUAAGGGUGCAUUACGGAGGAAUGUAUUACCUCUAUGAAAAUGCAAGUACUGGAAAGAAUGUAGAGUGGAAAAACAUUACUUUUAUUAAUGGGAUUAAACACAUCCCGGUAGGGAAUAAAACAAAUCCUCAAUUUACAGAGAUUUUAUGUAAAAAAGCCUGUCAAAUACGUCCUUAUCUCCAUUCUGUUGACAUUUAUGAGAAUGGUGAUUCGAAGAGAAAAUACUCUUGUCCAUGCGGCAGUAUUAAUGUGGACAUAGAGAAACCUCUUGAUAAGGAUGUAAUAAAGGGAUAUAACAGUUACCUUCACAAGUAUAAUCCUAAUAUAACAACGGUAAGAUAUAGGGAGAUCAUCCUCAAGUACAAUAAUAACGAGGUUGAAGGCAACUACAGUAUCAUUACACUUGACAAAGGUACCCCUAAUCUAUCUGUAUAUUACUGGGAAAAGGAUAGAGACCGUAAGAGACCUAUACUCAUGGAGGUAUACGUUGGAGAAAAUUCCGGAGGUUUUAUAGGCGGGAAAGUUCCUCUGAGAAAUGAUGGAGAAAAAAAUAACAAGAGAUGGACAAUGAUCCUUUAUGAUGAUGACUUUAUACUUGGAGAUCCUGUGACCGAAAAAUUACUCCACAAAUUCAAGUGCCAACUUUUCAGCCCAGUAGAUAUAGAUAUAUCAUUUCCUAAUAGUGGAACAUAUAAAAAUAAGUAUUGUAUAAAUAAGAUGAAUAAGUGCCCUAAUUCGUCGUGUUCCGAAGUAAUAGUUUCUUCUCAUCAAGCUCCAAAUGGCUAUACCGCCUUGAAACAUUAUUAUGGAGUAGAUGGUUUUACCAUAACUGGUUUCACCAAUGGUCCUAAUCUAAGCGAGGAAGAACUUCCAAUAUGGAAUGUUAGGGAAGUAGUAGUCUUCUUUGCAAAGUGUAAUCAAAAUACUAAGGAUCCAGCUGCCGGUAAACCCCUUCUGGUCUAUGUUGGCAGCAAUGGUGAUGAUAGAAAGGAUCAUAAGUGGUACAGUAGAUCGAAUGAUGGCGGUGAUACAUGGACAGAAGAGGAAGGUAGAUUAGGAAGUAAGAGCCCAGAAACAGCUAAUACUAGUGGUAAUCUUCUUGUAACAACUCUAGAUGAGAUUAAGAGGAAGCUAGGACUUCCAUGUCAAGAAGAGAUAGAGAGGGAAGCAAUAAAAAAGAAAGAAGAAGAAGAAGAUGAUGAACAAGAGGAAGAAGCAGAGAGAGAACAGAAAGCUAAAGCUGCUGAAUUUGAACAAAAACUAUUGAAAGAGAUUGGUCCUCUGAUCGAGUUUGGAUCACUUUUAGCUGGAUAUACUGUCAUAGAUGUAGCUCAUAACAUAGCUAAGGAGGCAAAGGAUGUUCUUGAGUGGGCUAAUAGUCUCUCUAAAUCUCAAGAAUCCGAAAACGGUAAAGAACUUCCAGCAGCUGACUUAUCUGACCAGGUUCUUGAUACAGAGUCUGAGACUGAGAUUCUUCUACAAGGUACUCCUGUGGCUCAAAUUGCUGAAGAUACUAUAGAUGGUGAAAGACUAAAACACCUUAUUGUGGCUGAUAUUCCUGAGCUUUUUACUACUGUAGCUGCUUCCCCUACUGUUACCGCUGGAGUAGAGUCUACUGACCCUCCCUCAGUAACCUAUUCGGGGGUUAUUCUGGGUGAGGAACAUUACAACAGUGUGGAUAGCACUAUUCAUGGGUAUGCCUCUGUUGUUGAAACUAACGAGAUUGCUCCUACUCUUCCUACUGCUGAAAUUAAUGAGACUACAUACAAACCAAGUGUUUUAGAUUAUAAAAUUAAUCCUAAUCCCACGAUCUACGGAUACUUGGAACCUGAUGAGGAAUCUCCGAGUGCAACCGUUGCCUUUGAUGACUCUCCAGUAGAUAUUGAUUAUUAUGGAGCAGGUUCUAUCAUAGGUGGUUCUAACCUACCUUAUCCUAUAGAAGAAACUAAUCGAGAUAUACAUUCUGUUCUUCCACCUGAAACGUAUAUGGAAUACACUACUCCUUAUUUUUCUCCUGCUACUCUUACUUUUCAUGAUACUAGCUUUGAAUCUACUCUUGAAGAAACUUCUAACAAAACUGCUGAAGCUCAAGUUCAAUCAGCCUCAGUCACUUCUUCUCAAAUCCCUUCUGAUGACUCUACUAACAUUAUAGUUUCUGUAACUACGGGCAUUCUUGGUACAUCUGCCUUGGCUUGUUUUGCAGGAUGGAAACUUUAUAAUCGCUAUAAAGGAGAUCCCUGGGUCAAAGCAUUCGAUAGACACUGCAAUAUGAUUCUCACAGAUGCCCGUGAGUUGUGGACAGAAACCGUGAAGGUAGGCGGAAAGAAACAAAGGUCUUCGAUCAAGGACAGACACCUCUCUAGAGUUUUCCUCAGAGGUGACUCUGUUAUUGUCGUUUUAAAGAAUCCAAACUAG